AUGAGUCAAUUCAACGAGAACAACGAAGGAAGUCUGAUGCGUACACAAGCUGUUAGAACUUAUAAGGAUGCCAUACAAGCAUUGAACAGUCUUCAAUCCAAUUAUGCGUCUAUCGAAGCUAUACGUAAGUUGGGACCAGAUUUGAACAAAAAUGAGCUUUCAAUUCGGGAAGUAUAUGAGUAUACCAGAAGACUUGGUUAUAAACCUAGUGACUUCAAUAAGCUUAACAUCAUUCAUAUUACUGGUACUAAAGGGAAGGGAUCAACUUGUGCUUUUACCGACUCUAUAUUAAGACAAUAUGACAUUGGAAAGGUGGGCUUGUUUACUUCACCGCACUUGAAGACAGUACGAGAAAGGCUCCGAAUCAACGGUAACCCCAUCAACGAAUUGAAGUUCACAAAAUAUUUCUUUGAAGUUUGGGACAAGCUAUCAAACACUGAGUCAUCGCCAGAGGAAUUCCCAACGUUGCAACCCAGUAAUAUUGUGAAACCAAUGUAUUUUAAAUAUUUGACGAUCUUAUCUUUUCAUGUUUUCUUGUCAGAAGGGGUUGAUACUGCAAUUUAUGAAGUAGGUGUUGGUGGGCAAUAUGAUUCGACAAAUAUUAUUGAAAAACCAAGCGUAACUGGUAUAUCAAGCUUAGGUAUUGAUCACACCUUCAUGUUGGGGAAUACGAUAGAAUCCAUUACUUGGAAUAAAACUGGAAUCUUUAAAGCUGGUUGUCCCGCUGUAGUGAGUGAGCAAGUGGAAUAUCCUGAGUCCAUUGCAAUUGUAGAGGAGAGGGCCAGGGAAAUCGGGGUUUCUCAUUUAGAGUUUACGUCGGCUGAUUCUGUACCUCAUAGUAUAAAAUUAGGUCUUGCUGGAGAAUUUCAAAGACAAAACGCAGCAUUAGCCAUCAGGCUAGCUGCUAUUCAUUUAGAAAAAUUGGGUGAAAAGGAUUUGCCAUCUGAAGGGGUGUUACCUGAUAAGUUUUUAGACGGUUUAGCUAAUGCUAAGUGGGAUGGAAGAUGUCAAAUUAUUAAAAAUAGACCAGGGUUUGAAAACGUCACCUGGUACAUUGAUGGAGCCCAUACAAUCGAAUCGAUCAACGCCUCUUCAACGUGGUUCAGAGAUGAGAUUAAAGACAGGAAUACCUUAAAGGUUCUCUUGUUUAAUCAACAAAGUAGAGAAAAUUCAACCACAUUAUUAAAGAAUUUGUAUAACAACUUAGCAAUUGCAAAUAUUAGAUUUGACCAUGCAAUCUUCUCAACUAAUGUCACUUGGUCUGACGGUAACUAUGAUCCUGAUUUAGUAUCAGUAAAUAGUUCCAAAGAAAUGGUCGAUAAACUCACUGUUCAAAAAGGGCUUGCAGAAACCUGGAAUGAGUUAGAUUUAGAGCACAAUAUUAGUUCCAGAAAGCAUAUAUUUCAUGAUAUCGAAACUAGCGUUAAUUUCAUCAAAAGCUUAACCAGCGAGUAUUCUGCAAUUGACGUAUUCGUCUGUGGUUCUUUACAUUUAGUUGGUGGUUUCUUAGUAGUUCUUGAUAAUGAAAAAUGA